AUGAACAUGUCAACAGAAGCUUCUAACACUUCCGUGGCAAACACAAGUUUAUCGUCAGCCAUAUUUUUUGAUAACAUCACUUCCGGUUCCAACACAACGUCUACUGUUAGUUCGAAUUCGGGACCAUCGAUAUACGACUAUGGUGAAUACUGGGCUGCACUAUACAUUAACAAAUAUUAUCUUUACGUCAUAGUGGCCAUCGGGUUACCAGGCAACCUUGCCGCUGUUGUGACGAUUUGUAACAUGCGUCCACUGACGUCAUCAUCCAUGUAUAUGGUUGUUCUGGCCGUUGUAGAUAGUAUUAACCUGGGUUUGAAGAUCCUUUACCUCCAACUGACAUUACACGAUGUACAAAUGGGUCAUAACGGCUGUAAAGUCAUGUUUUUCUUUGGAACAUUCUUCAUGCAUUAUGCCAACUGGAUCUUAGUUGCCAUGACUAUUGAGCGUUUCCUGGCGAUAUGGCUACCUCUGAAAGUGUCCGAGCUGUGUACGCGAACCCGCGCGAUGUUUGUAAUGGGUCUGAUAGCCGUGCCACUCUUAGGACUCAAUCUACACUUUUUCUGGUCGACCCUCGAGGUUUGGGACGACUACUACUCAUGGGAUUGCCAGUUCAGGUCUGAAUUUGAGUACUUUAUGACCAAGUUAUGGUACUGGAUAGAUGGCGCUGCUUACAGCCUGAUCCCUUUCAUCAUUCUUGUGGUCUUCAACAUCCUCAUCAUCGUCGGCAUCAAGCGAGGACAUCGGGGAGUUAUCAGUAAGAUCGACAAAACUCGUAUGACUGAGAAAAUGAAACAACAACAGCAAAUCACGAUUAUGUUGAUCACCGUGUCUUUGGUUUUUGUCAUUCUUACAAUGCCAAAUUGCGUUUUUUUCAUCUUUCAAAACUACUGGGAUUACACCGCGACCCUGCACGAAUACGCCCGAUAUUUUCUCUUCUAUCAGCUCGUGUUUGUCCUAUCCGAUUUUAAUCACGCCAUCAAUUUCUAUCUGUAUUUUCUCAGUGGUAAGAAGUUCAGAGCAAGAUUUCACGCUAUCAUCUGUAUCUGUCGCCGGAAACAGAUCAGUCGUCGACUUGGAACAACCAUCUCGCACAUGGCGUCUACUCGGAUGUCGGCCACGGAGAUGGUAAACGGACACUCUCGGAGGCCUCCCGAAAGGACAGUGCCACCAAACAGCAAUGGAACGAAUACGCCGGUAACGUUUAACGAAAUUUGUGAAUCGAAAAACGAUGAAGGAAAACUAACAGAAAAUGAAUACAUGUAA